AUGGACGGUUGGAACAAGCUGUCUUCGAGCUUUGCGGGCAUCAACAUCGGCCAGUCCGCGAACAAAUUUGCCAAAGGCUUCACCUCCAGCGUGCAAGCAACGAGGGAGAGGCUCGGACAGGUCGCCCCGGAGGAGAUCACCGAGCUCCCCCAAGAGUACAAAGAUCUCGAGGCCCGUGUUGACAACCUCCGCGCCGUCCACCUCGCCCUCCUCAAGGUCACGAAGGUGUACGAGACGGAGACGUACGACUACCCCACCCAAAUUCAAGAGUCCCUCACCGAGUUCGGCACGACGAUCGGGACCGGGAUCACCAACUUCGCCGCCGCAAACCUCAAGGGCACCGCGCUCCCCACGCCCGACCCCGUCGAGCUCCCCACCCCGCAGCACAAGACGCUCCCGCACGCGAUCGCCCGGCAGGCGGCGGCGUCCGCGACCGCCGUGACGUCGACCGCAGGCCCGGGCGACGACAAGCUCGGGAAGGCGCUCGGCGCGUACGCGGGCGCGUGGGCCAAGAUCGCGGACGCGCGCGUCGAGCAGGACGAGACGAUCCGGGAGCGCUACCUGAUGCCGUGGCAGUCGACGCUGUCGACGAGCAUCGCGGUCGCGAUGAGGGCCCGCCAGGCGGUGCGCGUGAGCCGGCUCGAGCUCGACGCGGCGAAGCAGACGCUCAAGACGGCGGGUCCGGCGAAGCAGGAGGCAGCGCGGCUGGAGGUGGAGAACGCGGAGGACGACCUUGUGCAGAAGACGGAGGUCGCGAUCACGCUCAUGAAGACCGUCUUGGAGAAUCCCGAACCCUUGAAGGACCUGAACGAGCUAGCUAAGGCCCAGCUCAUGUUCCACGCCACUGCCGCCGAGGCGCUUUCAUCCGUCCAGGGGGAAAUUGAGGAGCUCAGCGUCGCCGCCGAGGGCGAGUACCGUAAAUCGCGCGACCACUAG